AUGGUUGAUGGGAUUUUAAAAUUCAACCUUAUGGAAAAUGGCCUGGAGGAAAGUACGAGAAGCCUUAGCCGGUACUAUGCCGGGACAGGGGACGCACCCAAGCUGAACAAGAACCUCUUCCUCAAUUUGAAUGUACCAAUACCGGCUCUGAAUUACAUUAUAGACCAGAGCAAGAAUUACGUGGCCGGCCAUGCCAACUACCAACGGUGGAGCCAAGAGACCUUUCGCCAUUCUAAGAACCUCCUGGAUAUUAUAAUGCGCAUUUCGCUCCAGCGGAAGGCACGCACGAAUGAGGGACAGCGCACUGGAGAGAAAGCACACCCAACUGAUGGUGGGAAGGAAGCGGAACAGCCAAAAGGGGAAGAGCUGACUGGGCAGGCCGCUAAACAUGUAGCAGCCGCUAAACAUGUAACAGCCGCUAAACAUGCAGCAGCCGCUAAACAGGGGCACGCCGCGCAGAAGGGACAAAAUGUAGAGGGGCUACAGUACUACCCCGGGUUUUGCAUGCAGCUGGGAGCCAAAGGAAGGAGGUGUCUGUUAGAACUCAUACGGAGAGUGUACAAGGAAAAAACCUCCACGUGCAAAAAUAUUUUGGCUCACAAAUUAAAACCUCCUGAGUGUAUUUCGAACCUUCCAUUUUUCAACAUUCAUAUGUUGUGGAAACUCUCAUAUGAAUUUGGUGUUUUUGAAGAGGCGCUAAAGAUUCAUAAGACAUAUGGACAGAGCAGCGGGACCUUCACUCAGCUUCUAAAUGGGACCUACUCCAUGCAGAAUUCCUCCACCUGUGAGAGUGGAGAUGGAACGAUUGAACAAAGACAGUUGAGUGAAGAGAAAAGUGGAGCCAAUGGAUCAAGUAGAAGUGGUGAAUCGUAUAAUGAGGACAGCAACAAUGGAGAGAGGGGGAAAGCGGGACGGAAAAGGAAACGACAGGAGUGCACACAGGGAGAGGCGAAAUAUAACUUCAAUACAGAAAACGCACAAAAAUUCGAGGGAGCCCCCCUGAAGCAGGGUACGAAGAAGACAGCGCAGAUCUGUGCGAGGGGGGAGGUGACGGACGGGAGAAGGAUCCCCAUCGAGUCCGCUACAUGGACCAACUGGAGAAGCGGUUCAGAAGUGCAAGCGACCCAGUGUGUCCAUCGUCAAUUCGAAUCGUCUGCUUGCCCCACGGAAGGGAGAAGCAAACAAAGGAUAGAGGCACAGGGGACUGCCCCCCCAAAGGGCACGACAGAUGGACCCCCUAACAGAUGCACUUUACCGAGUAGAAGAAUUACAAGCGGGGCGAACCCAAGAGGGGAAGAAGGAAAAAGGGAAAGCAUAAUCACUUCUAAUAACGCUUCUAAUAACGCUCGUAAUAACGCUUCUAAUAACGGUCGUAAUUGCGCUACUAAUAACGCUCGUAAUAAGAGGGGUGAUACCCACGUGGAGAAAGCUCUGCCCAAUUUGAUUUUCAAUGACAAGUGUGAGUCGUGCAGGAUGAACAGGGCGUAUAGCAGACGCAGCCUCCUAAAGGAAAGCCACAAUGAAAAAAAAGAAGCAACAGCAGGGCAGCAAGAGGAGGAACAGGAAGAAGAGGACAGGGAGCCAAUAAAGACGUACGAAAUAACAAACAACUUGAAGGUAGACUCCGUGGAGGAAUUGCUCUCCAACUUUGUUCAUAUCAGCAAUGCAAUAAUUCUUCAUCUUAAAAAAAAUAAAGGCACCUCUUCCCCCAAGGCACAAUACAAUUUGCUCAGUGACCACUGCCUCUUGUUGAUCCCGAUAAAGCAACAGAAGAGGAGAAAGCGGGCAAGGAGAAAUGCACACGAAGGGAACGAGCCAAGUGCGCAACGGACAGUUCACCAGCAGGAUGGUCGGGGGGUAGAACAAAUGAAAAACGAUCGAGUCUUCUACGAGGUGGGUGUGUCUCAUAGUGAGAGAGGCAGCUCCACAACACAUAGACUCUCGGAACACACAAAUGAAAAGAGCAGCGCGACUCAGUUGGGUAAUUUUGCCUCGCCGAACAGCUCCAUGAAGGAGAGUGUGCCACGGGGACAAUGCAAAACGGGCCAAUGGGGGGGACGCCAACAAUGCUGUUCACCCACAUGGGCCAAGAGGAAGAAGCUGACAAACGACAUAGUAAGUGGGAUGACGAGCGGGGUGACCCCCGUGAGGCUACCAACAAACACGCCCUUCGAGUCACCCGGGGGAGGAAUACAGAAAGUUGCCCCCGUCAACGGAAGUGCAAGAACGGACCACAUCCCUACUUGCCCACACAACGGUUCAUCUGCAAACUGGGGGGGAAGCUGCGCCACCCACAUGAGUGAUAUGAGGAAAACGACACACAAGAGGAAAAACCCAAAUGAUUCAACGCAGGGAACAAAGCGAAAAUGA